AUGAAUGGUGCCACCAAGAUGUCACCAUCAGAUGUUGGAUACACCUCGUUCACUGGCUCACCAACAGGAUUCAGGACCGCAGCAUAUGAUAUUGGCCCAGAAGACUUGACAGCAUUCUACUUUGACAAGUAUAGAAUGGAUGUUAGCACAUCGGCAGUGGACAACAAGUUAUACCUCAGUUCUCCAAAGAUUAUGCCAAACUGGAAGGUAACAUUAAUCUUUGGUUCGGUGGAUGAGAAUCCGAGUUACCAGGCCGACGCAACAUAUAAUGCUACACUUGGAUUGUUUGUCAUUCCAUUCACCGUGCCCGCCCGUACAAUCUCUCGUCGAAUGCAGUAUUAUAUCCGUGUGAUGCUUCCACCUGGCAACUCACUCACCGUCUUCCCAACAAGGGAUGUAACUGGCAUUUUAGCCACCCUAAUGAUAGAAGGCGCACUCAUCCUAAAACAGUUCCCAACAUCAGCGGUCAACAUCUUGUCAUCAGCUGGUGAUGAGUUCCCACCGAUGAUCACUGAAUGUACUGCCGUACCUGGCAAGACAGUGGACUUGACAUUGGGUGGAGCAAUGUCAAUUGGUUGGUCAAUUGUAAUUGUGGACACUGGCAAUGGAUUCUUGAGAGGAGUGAUCAAUGUGAUCAGUGACGUCGAUGGUCAAGUUCGCAGAUUCGAGCUAACACAAGCCAACAAGACUGGUGGCGACCAGUUUACAGGCAACUACCAGAUAAUGUUCGACGUGGACCCCAACUAUCGAAAUCAAACAUUCACAUUCCUCGACAUUGAACUAUUCGACACUUCAAUGAAUCGUGGCUACUACUCCUCAUUCGAUUCAGACACAAGAGUUGUGUCUCCAUUGGCCCAGAUCAUGACCGCCACCCAUGCACUCGAGUUCAAUAUCCAGUUGUUAACAAGCACAACAGAUAUAACACCACCUGUUCUUGAAUCAUUGGAACUCCUCACACCAACUGUGGAUGUUGGAUCACAUCUAAGGAGAGUUGAGGUCAGGUUCAAGGUUCGCGAGUCUGGCACUGGAUACAGUGCACGUCACAUGCCAUCAGUCUAUCUCACGGGAUACAUAUACGAGACUUACAAACUGGUCACAACAUCAAUGGUUCAAGCGGGUGACCUCUAUACAUUCACAGCAUCUGGAAUACCUCCAUAUGGAUUCGCAGCCAAGACCAGUGGUGCAGUGGCCGGUGGAUCAACGUUGGCAUUCAUCUCUGUCUAUGGAUUGGUGGACAACAGUCAGAACAUCAAUGGAUACUCAACUGAAGAUCUGCCCAUCACACCACAAGUGGCGAGGACCGUUGAGAUCGUGUACACUCACAUCACACCAAUAUUGGAAGGCGCCGAGCUCGGAAAAGGAGUGAUCACAGUGUUUGGAAAGAACUUUGGACCCAAUCCAACAUUGGUCGAUGCACUCAACAUCAACAAUCCAACAGUGUUGUUCACCAAAUCAUUUGGAUCAGUUGUGAUUGCCGUGUUCAACAUAACAGAUGUUGUUCGAGUUGAAAAGACAUUGUUGAUACAACUCAGGAAUCAACCAGACAACUCAACAUACUACUCCAACACUUUGGGCAUUAGAUAUAUUCCAGGACCCGAGGCGCCAGUGGUAUUCCCAAACAUCACAUGUCCAGGUUCGCCACCUUGCUCCAACCAUGGUGAUUGCUCACCAACCUUUGGUUGUCAAUGUAACGACACAUGGUAUGGAGAUGAUUGUUCAUCACAGUCAGUACCAACGACACCAGUGAUCAAUCCAGAUAAUCCAUCAACAGUGUACACGUUCAAUGGGACUGGAGUGACUAUUGUUGGUGAGAUUGAGAUUAUCAGAGUGAGAGUGUUGGAUCAACUUGGCACAGAGUUGGCAUCAUAUCCAUUGAGCCAAUGGAACACAUCAAGCACAUCGAACCAAUCACGAGAUUAUGUUGCUCAAUAUGGACCCAAUGAUGGAAGUAAUGUUGGUGUGAUCAAAGUGAAUGUAAGAUUGUUCACAGAGGAUGAGGACGUCAAGUUUGCGGGCGACAUACUCCCAAUGAAGAAGAACACGAUCAAGUACACAAUCACACUGGCCAACUAUACAUUCCCAAGUCUGUUGGACACGAUGCAGGUUGUGAUGCGUGCAACAAUCAACACGACUGAUUCCAACUCAUGCUCAGUCCAACAAUAUGGCUACACCGAUGGAGACAAGGACAACCUGUUCUGGAUGCGUGUCAAAGUGCAGAGCUAUAGCAUGUAUGGUCACUUUAUCCAAAAGGCAAUGAUUGAUGACAGAGUGUCUGCCGUGUCCAACAUACUGCUCAAUGACACUGUUCAAACAGUGGCCAACAACACUCAAUCAUCACAAACAUUGAUUGGAAUCAAUGUAUCUGCAUUCACAAGACAAGCCUACCUGGAUCCAGACUUUUUGUUGCUUCUGGAUAUUGAUGAUGCCAAGGACAUUGAUGGUGCAUUCUGUAAGCAUUCCAGCUCAUCAAAGCUAUCACCAUUGGCCAUUGCUGGAAUUGUUGUUCUCUGUGUUGUCUUUGUAGCGGCUAUUGCUGUGGCCAUUGUUAUGAGGAUGAAGUCAAUCAGAAAGCAGAGAAAAGAAGUGAAUCGAAUCAAUGUCAGGCUGUCUGCACUUAAAUCUCAACAGCAACAUCAAAGUUAA